GGGAUCUAGGGGUCCAGCCCCCCCAGUUCUGCAGCAGCCGCCCCCCCCCGCACACCCCCCCCCCCCACCAUGGCUAUCGAGAAAGAGAAGAAAACCUGCGGGCAAGUCAUGGCGGAGUGGCGAGAAGGCAUCUGGAAUCCGCGCACCCACCAAUUUAUGGGGCGCACCGGCAGCAGCUGGGCCUUGAUCCUGUUCUUCUACCUGGUGUUUUACGGUUUCCUCACGGCGCUUUUCACGCUCACCAUGUGGGUCAUGCUGCAGACGGUCGACCCCUACAUCCCAAAGUACCAGGACCGCCUCUCCGUGCCCGGGAUGAUGAUCCGCCCCAAGACAGACACCCUGGACGUGACUUUUAACGUCAGCAACACGGAGAGCUGGGACCGUUACGUCAAGAUGCUGAAUGACUUCCUGGAGCCCUACAACGACUCCAUCCAGGUGGCCACCAACGACGUGUGCCGCCCGGGCCGCUACAACGAGCAGCCGGACAACGGGGUGCUGAAUUACCCCAAGCGGGCCUGCCAGUUCAACCGCACGGCGCUGGGCGCCUGUUCCGGCCUCAACGACUCCACCCACUACGGCUACGCCGACGGCCGGCCUUGCAUCCUCAUCAAGAUGAACCGGGUCAUCAACUUCUUUGCAGGGGCCAACCAGACCAUGAACGUCACCUGUGCCGCGAAGAAAGAGGAGGAUGCGCACAAGCUGGGGGAGAUGGUGAUGUACCCCCCAAAUGGUCACAUCGACCUCAUGUAUUUUCCCUACUACGGCAAGAAAGUCCAUGUGAACUACACCCAGCCCAUCGUGGCCGUCAAGUUCCUAACCCUGGAGGCCAACGUGGACCACAACGUGGAGUGUAAGAUCAACGCGGCGAACAUCGCCACCACCGACGAGCGGGACAAGUUCGCUGGCCGCGUGGCCUUCAAGAUCCGGGUCAACAGGGACUAAGCCCCGCCUCCCCCUUCCCCCUCCCCCCACCUUUCCCGGGGCUCCGCCCCCAAAUGGGCAGGGCUUAAUGGAGGAGGAGGAGCCAGUUUGCGUAAGGGGAGGCGCCCCCAGCACAUCCUGGGCGGGGCUUGAUGGAGGAGGAGGAGCCUAUUUCAUCGGGGAGAGGGACCCCCCCUGGGAUUUGAUUUUAUUUCUUUGCGGGGGGGGGGGUGUUUUGCUCUUGAAAUCGUCCUGCUGAGAAUCCUAGGAUGACUAACCUGGCUCUUUGGCCAUUUUAGGGACCUUCCCUGUGCCCCCCCCCCGAUUCUGCCCCCCCACCCCAAAACGUGCUGAUUACACUGAAGGAUCUGGUACCACCCUACACCCCCCCCCCAAAUCCUUUGGAAUGCUACGUCGCUUUGAUCUCUUCUAAUGCCCCUUCCCCCCCUUUUUUGGGGGGGCAGCUCAGAGCCUGUGACCCCCCCCUUUCUCCUGCCCCUUGAAAUCCCAUUGAGAUGUUUCCUAAUAUAAUAAUAAAUGUAUAUAGAUAUUUUUUAUAUAUAUAUAUAUUAAAAAUUAAGGUACGGCCGAGACCUCUAUUUUUUCCACCCCCCCGUGCACCCCACUUCUGCCCGCUCCCCGUUUUCCAUCCUCCACCCCACGCCCCUACAAGAGACGUUGAGAUUUGGUGCGUUUGUCGUGAGCCGGCGGCCAUUUUGUUUCCCUGACCUAGUAGGUGCCGGGGUUGAGUGGAGGGAAUGUAGGCCGGGAAAUUGGAAUGACCCCACUUCCGCGGCCCACCGUACGGCCGCCGUUGUCCCCGUAGGUUAGAAAACAAAAUGGCUGAACAGCGGUUGCCCUAUUGUGGGAUAGCAGCCGUUGUCCGUGUCGGUUGGGAAUCAAAAUGGCCACCAUUCCGCAGCCAAUAACGUGGCUGCCCUCGUCCGUGUAGACCAGGAAUCAAAAUGGCCGCCGUUCCGCAGCCAACAACGUGGCUGCCCUUGUGCGCGUAGGCCGGGAAUUAAAAUGGCCGCCGUUCCGCAGCCAACGACGUGGCUGCCCUUGUGCGCGUAGGCCGGGAAUCAAAAUGGCCGCCGUUCCUCAGCCAACGAUGUGGCUGCCCUUGUCCGUGUUGGUUGGGAAUCAAAAUGGCCACCAUUCCUCAGCCAACGAUGUGGCUGCCCUUGUCCGUGUAGGCCGGGAAUCAAAAUGGCCACUAUUCCACAGCCAACGACAUGGUUGCCCUUGUCCAUAUAGGCUGUGAAUCAAAAUGGCUGGACAAUAGCUGCGGAAUGUCUGCCAUUUUGACCGCCUGCCCUGCAAAAGAGACACGGCGGCCAUUGUUGGGGUAGGCCGGGAAUCAAAAUGGCUGCCGCCGGCUGUGGAAAUGUGGCCAUUUUGUUUCUUAGCCUCUGUGGCAAAAAGUCGGGCCAACCUGACUGGGGCAUGUGGGCCAGGAAAGGAAAAUGGCUGCCAUUUUCAGCCGACGUUUGGCUCUGUCUGUGAAGAAACAAAAUGGCUGCUGUAGUCAAAGCCUCUGAAGAACGGUCGCCAUUUUGAGUCUUGGUAUUGAGAGCUUGGCCAUGAAUGGAGGCCAUCUUGGAUUCCUGGCCUCCAUGGCUAAUGGCUGCCAUGUUGGGCUGUGCAAUGGUGGCCAUCUUGGAUUCCUGGCUGACAGAACUGAGGCCGCCAUAUUGGGCUGUAACCUUUCCAGCACCUCCUUCUGAGUCGUACCCCUACUCCCUACCAAUGUGACCCCUUUCCUCAUCUUAGGGUCUGUCUUCCUCUUUUAAUGUAGAGUUAUUUUUAAUCUCUCUUUUCGCUUAAUGCGGCAUCUGCACUGAGACAAGACUUGUCCGUCGUCCCCCCCUCCAGCAUCCUGGGAAAUUCCUUGCACCCCCUUAACUCUGCCCUUGAAACAGCUGACACAAACGUUGCCUGUAUUAGACUCCUGCCUGGUCUCUAGUCUUCUCUGCUGUUGUCUGUAAACCACAAGAGAAACGAUUCCCUUUUGUUUGGAACUGGAAGUAAUU